AUGAGCCCAGAAGAGAAAGCUGCUACCACAUUUAAUGCCACAUUUGUUCGACCAGCAAAAUUCUAUCUCAUUGAAUUUUCCAGCAUCCCUCAUGGGACGUUUUACUGUGUGUUUCUGUUUUUUGUUUACAUCAUGACUGUUUUUGGGAAUGGCCUCCUUCUGUCUGUCAUUUACCUGGUCAGGACUCUUCACACUCCUAAAUACAUGAUAGUGUUUAACCUGGCUCUGACAGAUUUGUGUGGCAGCACUGCUCUCAUCCCAAAACUCUUAGACACAUUUUUGUUUGACAGAAGAUACGUUGUCUAUGAGGCUUGCUUAAGUUAUAUGUUCUUUGUUUUAUUCUAUACAGGUAUGCAAUCCUGGGUACUUGCCAUAAUGUCAUAUGAUAGAUUUAUAGCAAUUUGCUUCCCCUUAAAGUACCAUAGUAUUGUGACUACACCAGCUAUUGUUGCAAUGCUUCUAUCUGUGUGGGUUUUUAUAUUUAGUCUAGCAGCAUUUUCUGUUUGGCUUAUUGAUCGGCUGUCCUUCUGUGGAUCUUUGGUGAUAAACAGCUUUUUCUGUGACCAUGGACCAGUACAUCGCCUGGCCUGUAAUGACACGACCUUAAAUAGAAUAGUUGGAUAUGUUUCUUUUAUUAUAGUACCCUGUCUUCCUCUUGUAUUGAUAGCAUUGACAUAUGUUUGCAUUUCCAUAGCACUGAGCAGGACUGCUUCAAGAAAGGAACGAGUCAAAGCGUUGAAAACUUGUACUUCACACCUGAUUCUUGUGGCUAUUUUCGUUUUACCAAUACUGGGUACCAAGAUAGCAACAGCAGCCUCCUCUAUCAAUCAUAUCGGCAGGAUUGUAAACACCUCUUUAACAUACACAGUACCAGCUUUACUCAAUCCUAUCAUAUACUCUUUAAAAACAGAAGACGUGCUGAAAUCUAUCAAGAAACUUUGCAAAAUAAAUAGAAUUAGCAAGACAACAUUGUCCCAAAAGGUGAACUCUUUAUCACUGCUAUAA